GCUCCUUCCAGUUCACAACUCUGGGAAGACGCACGAAGAACUUCUUGCUUCAACAGUGAUUGAACGGAACUCUUCUGCCCGCCUCCCGCGCAAUACAACAUUCCGGAUUGAUAACGUAAUAAUUACGAGAACUGUUUUAGUAAAAUAAUCAAAGAAUCUCUAUAUUUGCACCGUUAAUUUUGAUAUAAAAAGAAAAUGGAGUCUCAGGUCCGCCAGAACUAUCACCACGAUUGCGAAGUUGCAAUCAACCGGAUGAUCAACAUGGAGAUGUUUGCCUCUUAUACUUACACUUCAAUGGCUUUCUAUUUCUCCCGUGACGAUGUGGCUCUGCCUGGCUUCGCGCAUUUCUUCAAGGAGAACAGCGACGAGGAGCGGGAGCACGCCGACAAGCAACUCUCCUUCCAGAUCAAGAGAGGUGGACGCAUUUUACUCCAGGACAUCAAGAAGCCAGAACGUGAUGAGUGGGGCAAUGGGCUGGAGGCCAUGCAGUGUGCUCUGCAGCUGGAGAAGAAUGUGAACCAGGCCCUGCUGGACCUGCACAAGAUUGCUUCUGACAAGGUUGACCCCCAUCUGUGUCACUUCCUGGAGACCCAUUACCUGAAUGAGCAGGUGGAGGCCAUUAAGAAGCUGGGAGACUACAUCACAAACCUCACCAAGAUGGAUGCUGUCAACAACAAGAUGGCAGAGUACCUGUUUGACAAGCACACCCUGGGAGGCCAGAGCUAAACCGCUUCCAUCCCCAGGCUACGGCCUCCAGCCUCAGACCAGGACUCCUGGCUUCUCUGAUAGAUCCUACUGGCUUUACAUUUAUAGGGAGGGGAGAGUGUUAAACUGGUGCAGUGCAACACUGCUGUGACAUUGAUGUUUUUGUUGACAACACUACUGUAUUUUGGAGGCAAGGCAUCUUGUAAAACAAUAAAAAAAUAUCACUAAAGUUUUUUUCUAAGUGUU